AUGGCCUCCGACUCUCUUAUGCCCAGGAGCGAAUCCUUCAAUGCCCGCGUCCGCGGCGCAUCCCACAUCGACUUCAAGACAUCCACCACCGGCGUCGCCGCGAAGGCCAUGCGCAAUGAGCUCAGCGCCCUCGUUAACACUGUCAAGGAUCCUGAGACGCGCAAGGCCUUCGACACCGAGAUGCAGUCGUUCUUCUACCUCUUCACGCGUUACCUUUCGGAACGCGCUCGCCGCCAGGAAUUGGACUGGGAUCGUAUCAAGUCGCCUUCGGAGGACAAGAUUGUCCCCUACGCCAAGCUUCCUUCUGGGCCUGCAAACAACCUGAACAAGCUCGCUGUGUUGAAAGUCAAUGGUGGUCUCGGAACCUCCAUGGGUAUGACUGGCGCGAAGUCUGCGCUUGAGGUCAAGGACGAUAUGACCUUCCUCGACCUUACCGUGCGCCAGAUUGAGCACCUCAACACCACGCACCGCGUCGACGUUCCCCUUAUCCUCAUGACGUCAUUCAACACCCACGAGGAUACUCUCCGCAUUAUCAAGAAGUACGCGAACCAGCAGCUGCGCAUCACGACCUUCAACCAGUCGCGCUACCCGCGUAUCUUCAAGGAGACUCUUCUUCCCUGCCCGCGCACCGCGGAGGACGACAAGAAGCACUGGUACCCUCCGGGGCACGGUGACUUGUACAACGCGCUCCUCCACUCCGGUGUCCUUGAUCAACUUCUCGCCGAGGGAAAGGAGUACCUGUUCGUCUCAAAUUCGGAUAACCUUGGUGCUGUUGUCGACGACAAGAUCCUGCAGCACAUGAUCGACUCUCAAGCAGAGUUCAUCAUGGAGGUGACAGAUAAGACGAAAGCUGACAUCAAGGGUGGUACUCUCAUCGACUACGAGGGGUCUAUCCGUCUGCUGGAGGUCGCUCAGGUGCCGAAUGAGCAUGUGGAAGAUUUCAAGUCCGUUCGUAAGUUCAAGAUCUUUAACACGAACAACCUGUGGAUCAACCUUCGCGCACUCAAGCGGAUUAUGGAGACCGAGGGCAUGGAGCUGGACAUCAUUGUCAACCCGAAGACGACUGACGAUGGCCAGGCUGUCAUCCAACUCGAGACCGCGGCCGGUGACGCCAUCAAGCACUUCAACAACGCGCACGGUGUCAACGUUCCCCGUAGCCGAUUCUUGCCAGUGAAGAGCUGCUCGGACCUGCUGCUCAUCAAGAGCGACAUCUACUCGCUCGAGCACGGCCAGCUCGUCAUCAACCCUCAGCGCAUGUUCGAGACGACGCCUGUCAUCAAGCUCGGCGACCACUUCAAGAAGAUCGCACAGUUCCAGAAGCGCUUCAAGAAGAUCCCCACCAUCAUCGAGUUGGACCACUUGACCGUCACUGGCGACGUGUACUUUGGCCGCAAUGUCACCCUGCGCGGAACGGUCAUCGUCGUCGCGAACGAGGGCCAGAGCAUCUACAUCCCUGAUGGCUGCGUGCUCGAGAAUAGGCUGCUCUCGGGUAACCUCAACCUGAUCUUUCUCAUCCUAUUUCAGGAGCUAUAA